AACAAGGUUACAGUAACAGUGCUCGGUGUCCGUGACUCCACGCCCAGCCGGAGCAGCUCUCUCUUCUCGUAACGGAAAACUGCCAUAUAGGAACAGAAAGAGAGAAACACUGAUGCUGGGCCGCCCUGCUGUCAGUACAACUGCGCGCACACACGCACACAGAGAAGAGAAGAGAAAGAAAGAGCGCGCGGAGAACAGCGCGUGUGGAGAGCGGCUGGUGAGUGAGAUUUAAAGGGCUUCUCCAGGCAACCGGCCGGUCAGGAGCACAGCUACACUGGGACCGUGUUACAGGAAAUAUCCGGUGCAUCAUUCCAACAUUGAGCUCCGGUAUGGACUAGCGGCUUUAUUCAUACAGCAGCGCGCGGCGGAGCGUCUGUUUGUCAGUAACAUGCCGCAGGCUUCCUAAAAGCAGACCUCGCCGUUCAGUCCGGGUUGUUUUUGUUCUCGUGGAUUAAACUUGUGUCCGGGAUGGGGAAGGAGCAGGAGCUGCUGGAGGCGGCGCGGACCGGUAAUGUGGGGCUGGUGGAGAAGCUGUUGAGUGGGAAGAAAGGAUUGCUGGGAUCGGGCUCGGGCUCCAUACCUCUGCCUGGGUUACUCAGUAUGUGGAGAGGCGUCAAUGUGAACUGUGCCGACAGCUCAGGAUACACACCCCUGCACCACGCGUCUCUGAACGGACACAGGGACGUGGUGUUGAAGUUGUUGCAGUUUGAAGCCUCUACCAAUGUGGCCGACAGUAAGGGCUGUUUUCCUCUGCAUCUGGCCGCAUGGAGAGGUGACGUGGACAUAGUCCAGAUACUGAUCCACCACGGGCCGUCCCACAGCAGAGUUAAUGAGCAGAACCAUGAAAAGGAGACGGCUCUGCACUGUGCGGCUCAGUACGGUCACUCCGAGGUGGUCCGUGUUUUGCUGCAGGAGCUGACGGACCCCAGCAUGAGGAACAGUCGAGGAGAAACGCCGCUGGACCUGGCCGCCCUGUAUGGCCGCCUGCAGGUGGUCUGCAUGUUGCUUACCGCCCACCCCAACCUCAUGAGCUGCAAUACAUGCAAGCACACACCUCUACAUCUGGCCGCACGAAAUGGCCAUCAUGCCACCGUUCGAGUGCUGCUAGAGGCCGACAUGGACGUUAACACACAGACAGAGAAAGGGAGUGCUCUCCACGAAGCGGCCCUCUUUGGAAAGAUGGAUGUAGUUCAGCUACUGCUUGACUCAGGGAUUGAUGCCAGCAUCAGAGAUUGCCAAGGAAGAACUGUUCUAGACAUUCUAAGAGAACAUCCGUCUCAGAAAUCACAACAAAUGGCUUCUCUCAUACAAGAUUAUAUGAUGUCGGAUUGUGACGAAGGGAAUUUUCAUGAAGAUUUUGCCCGUCAGCGUCCAAUACCGACACCACGCACAUCAAUACCCUCACCUGUGCCCUCUCCAUCUCUACGGCAUAAAAAUGACGCAGUAACGGGGGAGUUGUCCAAGUUGCUGAAUGAAAUAAAGAUCUGCCGUGAUAAGGAUUGCUCCUUUGAGGAGCUGUGUCAGACCAUCUCUUCUCACUCUCAGUCCAUGGAGAGCUUCGGCAGUGGGCGGCUGUCUGACGAGGAACGAAACGGCACACUCACUCGAAUAAACAAGCGGCCCACUCCCCCGUUGCCCCCAGCGAUGGAAGAGGAGGAAAAGAGCUGUGGUCCAUCAGGCCUGUGGGAGGCGCUCACUCCCUGCAACGGCUGCAGAAACCUGGGCUUUUCUCAGGUACACACACACUCACACUUCCCAUCCUUAUAA